UUUCUGCCAUCUCUUAACAUUACAUUACUGCUCGCAAAAAUCCAUGUGCAUAUGUUGGUUAUUUGUUAAUUUUUUUUUUAUGUAACAAUCCAGAGAUAAGAAUCUAAGCGUCACAUGCAUGUUUACAUAUGUGUAUAGAUGUGUGUGUGUUUGAUUUUGAUAAACAUAUAGUAGAGGUCAACAUGUACUGGGUUCAAUCAGUUCAUUAGUGUUGAUUAAAUCGGAUCUUACUAUGCUAGUAUUAAAAACUUAAGUGGAAACGAUGUACUCGAAACUUUGCGGCAACUCGAGGAAUCCGCUGAACCUCCUCAGAAGGACCUACCACAGCGAUGGAGUGUUCGGUUACAAACCCAACGCAAGAAAGAAUACCAUCGUUCCUCAGGAUGUGUUAAAACGUCGAUCGGAGAACGCCAAUUUCUACAGGUUGGUCGAAGCGUACAGGCAGCACGCUCACAAGACGGCGGACAUCAAUCCGGUUGCUUUCACCAAAAACUUAAGUAUUCAACCUGAACUGGAUCCGCAGCGUUACGGCUUCGAAAGCAACGAUAUCGUUAAUUACGAAGGUAUUAUAAGGUGCGGUAAAAGGGAUGGAACCGUCACGGAGGCCGUCGAGUUCUUGCGUGAGGCGUACGGAAGGAAGAUCAGCGCAGAGUUCGUACAUCUGGAGAGUGAAGAGGAAAUCGAAUGGUUUUCGCAACGUUUGGAGGAGAUCUCGCACGAAACGCUGAGCGAUGAAGAUAAGAGGCGGAUCGGAGCGGAGGUGUUGAAAUCGCAAAACUUCGAUCGGUUUUUGGCAAACAAAUUCACAGGCGUUAAGCGGUACGGAGGUGAAGGCGCUGAAAGCAUGAUGGCUUUCUUCAGCGAAUUCUUCCAGCUCUCCGCUAACGAUGGUUUAGAACAGAUCAUUUUGGCUAUGCCGCACAGGGGAAGACUCAAUCUUCUUACAGGAAUGCUCAAUUUUUCUCCUGUCAAGAUGUUUGCGAAACUUCGUGGAAUGCCCGACUUUCCAGACAAAUACCAAGCGACUGGUGACGUCCUCAGUCAUUGCAUUUCCUCGACCGAUUUGAACGUGGACAAUAAGCAAUUACACAUUAGUUUAUUAUACAAUCCGUCGCAUUUGGAGGCUGUCAAUGCUGUGUCCAUGGGCAAGACCAGAUCCAAGCAUCUGUGCACCAAAGCCGGUCAUUAUUCUGGAAACGGCGAAAUGGGAGAAAAGUUUGUUAACAUUCAGGUGCACGGUGAUGCCGCGUUAGCUGGUCAAGGAAUAAAUCAGGAAUGUUUGGCGAUUUCCGGAGCUCCGCACUUCGAAAUCGGAGGCUCCAUACAUCUUGUGGUUAACAAUCAGCUGGGUUUCACCACUCCCGCAGCCAGAGGAAGAUCCUCCAGGUAUUCCUCAGACUUGGCGAAAAUCAUUUCAGCUCCGGUGAUCCACGUUAACGGAGAUUAUCCCGAGAUGGUAGCUAAAGCUACUCGCGUGGCCUUCGAAUACCAAAGGAAAUUCCGCAAAGACAUUUUCAUCGAUAUGAACUGCUACAGACAGUGGGGUCACAAUGAACUUGAUGAUCCAACAUUCACAAAUCCAAGCCUCUAUCAAAUUAUCAAUAAACGAAGAACAGUGCCGGAUAAGUAUAUGGACAAGCUCAUCGAAGAAUCGGUGAUUACCAAAGAUGAGGUUGAUAAACAGGUGACGGAUUACAAUGCAUGGCUGAACUCGCAUCUGAAAGCUGUCGACAAUUAUGAACCCGAAGAUCCGAGUUUCCAGAAACAAUGGACUGGAUUCUCGCAAGCGCAGCAUGUGGUAACCACCUGGGAUACGGGUAUCAGUGAAGAUCUUCUGCAAUACAUAGGUACCAAAUCCGUGACGUAUCCUCAGCAUUUCAACAUACAUCCGCAUCUCCAAAAGAAUUACGUCAACGCUAGAUUGACCAAGGUGCAGAAUGGUCAGAAGAUCGAUUGGGCCACAGCCGAAGCUAUGGCGUUCGGUUCAUUGCUUUACCAAGGUUACAAUGUUAGGAUUAGCGGUCAGGACGUGGGUAGAGGAACUUUUUCACAUAGACACGCGAUGCUCGUCGAUCAAGAAACGAACAACAUUUACAUCCCUCUGAAUUCGUUACACGAAAACCAAAACGCUUUCUUGGAGGUUGCUAACAGCAUUUUGUCGGAGGAAGCUGUUUUAGGAUACGAGUACGGAAUGAGCGUCGAUAAUCCAAAUAAUUUGAUAAUAUGGGAAGCGCAGUUCGGGGAUUUCUUCAACGGCGCUCAAAUCAUCUUCGACACUUUCUUGUCGACCGGUGAAUGCAAAUGGUUGUGGAGUUCCGGUUUGACCAUCCUGCUGCCGCACGGCUACGACGGCGCAGGACCGGAACAUAGUUCUGCUAGGAUCGAGAGGUUCCUGCAGCUCACAGAUUCCAAAGAGGACAAACCCGACGGAGACGACGUCAACAUGCAGGUCUGCCAGCCGAGCACGCCCGCACAAUACUUCCAUCUAUUGAGAAGACAGAUGCUCAGGAAUUACAGGAAACCGCUGAUUGUAAUCGCGCCGAAGACUUUGUUGAGGCUCUCGGCUGCUACAUCAAGUUACUCUGAAAUGACGGAAGGCACUUCCUUCCAACCUGUUUUAGGUGAUAUCACAACGGAACCACAUAAAGUGAACAAAGUGAUAAUCGCAUCCGGAAAACAUUACUAUUCCUUGAUGGAAAGCAAAGAGAAUCUCAAAGUAAAAGACACUGCCAUUAUCCGAUUGGAGAGCUUCUGUCCGUUCCCAACGUCGGAGUUGCAACAGGAGUUGGCGAAAUACAAGAACGCAAAUGAGUUCAUUUGGAGUCAAGAGGAACCGCGCAAUAUGGGAGCAUGGACGUACCUAAAACCGAGGUUCGAGAAUCUCGUUGGAAAGAAGGUGAAAUACGUGGGUCGAGAAACUCUUCCUGCUCCAGCAGUCGGAGUUGGUAAAUGGCAUCAGGAGCAAGCAUCUUACGUCAUCACUGAACCUUUCUCGGUCGAUCAAUAAAGAGCGAAAGCUGUUUAAAUUUUUAAGAAAA